ACGAGUUUCAGCUGGCGAAAGCUGUGGGCCUUUUGCGGUCCAGGAUUCCUAAUGUCCAUCGCCUUUCUGGAUCCCGGUAACAUCGAAAGCGACCUGCAAUGUGGCACCAUCGUGAGCUACAAGCUGCUUUGGGUGCUCCUCAUCGCCACCAUCCUGGGGCUCUUAAUGCAAAGACUGUCUGCCCGAUUAGGUGUAGUAUCGGGCCUCCAUAUGGCCGAACUGUGCUACCGCCACUACCAAAAGCUUCCCCGCAUCCUGCUGUGGCUGAUGAUGGAAAUUGCGAUCAUCGGCAGCGACAUGCAGGAAGUCAUCGGAACUGCCAUUGCCAUUUUCCUGCUCUCUAACACGAAGGUUCCUCUUUGGGGUGGCGUGCUGAUAACGAUCCUCGACACGUUCACUUUCCUCUUCAUCGACAACUACGGCCUCCGAAAGCUCGAGUCAUUUUUCAUUCUUCUAAUAAGCAUUAUGACUGUGACUUUCGGCUUCGAGUACGGAACAUCCCAGCCGGACACUGCGGAUGUGUUGAAGGGCCUGUUUUACCCCUGGUGCUCCAACUGCGACCAGCGAGCCCUUUUGCAAGCAGUGGGAAUUAUCGGGGCCAUUAUAAUGCCGCACAACUUCUACCUUCACUCCGCGUUGGUUAAAUCCCGCGAUGUGGACAGGAGCAGGAGCGAAAAAGUCCGAGAGGCGAACUUCUACUAUUUCAUUGAAUGUUCAGUGGCCAUUUUCGUCAGUUUGAUCAUCAACAUUUUCGUGCUGGCCGUUUUCGCUCACGGGCUCUACCUGAAGACCAACAAGGAAGUGCAUGAUUCCUGUGCCAAUUACACAUCCAUCAAUGCUUCAGUGUUUCCAAGCACGGGGGAAGCAGCCAACCAGCUGGUUGACGCUGAUCUGUACAAUGGGGGGAUUUUUUUGGGCUGUACAUACGGUGUGGCUGCGAUGUACAUUUGGGCUGUAGGCCUGCUGGCGGCUGGACAAAGCUCCACAAUGACAGGUACGUAUGCUGGCCAAUUCGUGAUGGAGGGCUUCCUAAACCUCCAUUGGGCGAAAUGGAAGCGAGUGCUGUUCACCAGAAGCAUCGCCAUCGUUCCCACGUUUUGUGUGGCCUUCUUCACCACCAUCGAACGCUUGACCAGUUUCAACGAUAUCUUGAACGUCUUGAUGAGUGUUCAGUUGCCGUUUGCUACCAUUCCAUUGAUCGCCUUCACCAGCAGCUCCAAGAUUAUGGGCGAGUUUGCCAACGGCCUAGCCAACAAGAUCAUGUCAAUCGCUCUGAGCCUGUUCAUCAUUGCCAUCAAUGUUUACUUCGUGAUCGUAGCCAUCCGGGACUACAACUUCGCCUGGCCGCUUUUGGUGUUGAUCGGGUCGAUCGCCUUUUUCUACAUUCUUUUUUGUCUAUAUCUGACAGUGCACAUGAUGGUCUGCAUGGGCAAUACCAGGCUGCUGGAAGUCGACUGGUUGCGAAGAUACGUGCUUGGACCGGUUGAUUCGCACACAAUUAUGCACAAUUAAAAGGGACUUUCAUGUAAA